UUUAAUUCGAUUUCCAAGAGAUAGUUGUCAGUGGAAUAAGAAACAGCGAGCUUCCGAUUGUCGCUAACCCAGUUACCCUCUAAAUGAAAUUGGACUGGUCCAAGUGAGGCCGACUGCCUCCACUAACAUCCCAUAGAGACGGGUGAUGCCUUCGGUAUGGGGAGGCGAGCUUUUGUGAUCUUGGUUGGUCUGGUGGUGCUGAUUCGGUCGCAAGACACAUACCACGAGGCCCUUCUGGAGUAUUUUGAGGAGGCUGAACGCCUGGAACAGGGUUCAGGAGGGGGGCCAGGGUUUGAGGGGGACACAGAGGUGGACCUACCCCCAGGAAGGAUUAUUCGGUGCUUGAAGUGUGCUGUGCCUGAGGAGAGACCAGACGCCUGUACCCCCCAGGAGUUGAGCCAGAACCUCAAUGUCUACACAGUGGAUUGUAGAGGGCGCUGUUUGAACAUCACGGCAGGUCCGGUUGUGGCAUACGACUGCGCGAACGACAACCAUUAUAGAGCGGACAGAUGUAUUCAAAGGGUUGACACACGAAUAUGCGUCUGCUCCAAGAAUCUGUGUAAUGCGCCGGAAGGCAUGAACACGGAUGAAGAGGACUAUUUCGAAACCAAGACACUACCACCACCAUACAUAAAAGAAAUAGUUCCACAAAAAUCCCAUGAAAAUUCCUGCUGUCAUGUAUCCGUUUCGUUUCAUCUUUUAGCAUUCUCAGCAUUGAUUACAAUGUUGGCACAUUUUAUGUUUUUAUCUCGUCCUUGUAACACAGUGGUGUGAUGUGGUUCCCGAACCGGUUGUAUGUGAAUACACCACAGGUAAUACUGUAUGUUCCAUAACUGCUUUAUGAAGCUCACUAUUCAUAUCAAUUGUUCCUGUAUGCUGAGACUGUUGAAGAAUGACGCCGUAUAUUCUGUUAGAAUACUGGCCAUAACACACAUGGGAUACAUGUAUACGAAUGCUCACUGAAAUGUCGGGAAAUGUUGAACAAACUGCAUCGAUAACAACUUUCAUUUUGUGAGUGCGACGUUUCGAUACAGGUUCUUGGCCUGCUCGACAACGGUACAAGAAUCUGUAUCGAAAAGUCGCACUCAACGAAAUAACAGAUGAUAUUAUCCAUAACGUUUGUUCAAUAGUGUACUUCCCAACUUCUAAAAUGCCACUCAAAGAAAUCAGACCAUAAUUGCGUAUCCACACACCAGAUCAAUAUUUGGUAAGCAGUAGUCUUUGUCCACGGUGUGAGCAAUUAUGUAUAGAUUUGUGCUUCCAGACAUACGACAGAGAUUGUGUCCUUUGCGAUUAAACAAACCUCUUUAAAUUGAAAUAGGGGACGAAGAGGUUCGGAUAGUCAGGCUCCCUCUCUUGUUCGAUGAAUGUCAUCGUGUCCAAAUCGUGUAGAUCGGCGCUCUCGAUAUUAAUCACUGGAUUAUUUGUCUGGUCCAUAAUCGAUUAUUUACUGUUAUAGUUUGGAUAUUGCGACAAAUAACAAUAACAAUAAACCAUACCGAAAUGUUAACCCGGAAACUGUCCGGAUUAACAAAUGUCCGUAUACAUGUUCCCAGAUGAAUAUACGGUGGGUAUUCGGAUUGCAGGGGUUUCUUCCAUGUGUGUUGUCUCAAUACAUAAGAAUUACAACUUUUGUCAUUCUUACAGUUUCAGCAUACAAGGAAACAGUCUAACAUGUUUGUAUAUAGCGCAUUUCUACACUGUGCCAUGUUUAGCCCCUUUGACUUACUGCUUAGUGCUGGGUGCUUAAAAUGCGAGUAGCUGGUCUAGGAUAACAGCAGGUGCUCGAUCCAGUACUUGCAAGAGAUACGUACGCGUUCACCGUUAAUAUUAAACGUAGCCAGGCACAUUUCGUUUGAAAUUGAUUGUUUACGGAUCUUUACAAACCAACUAGCUGGCGAGGUCGAAAAGCUGAGAAAACGUCAUCAAGCGGUAGCGGAAGGCUAGAAGAUGUACAAUUACACAUGUUAAGCAGCGUAUGGAAUGAGUGUUCGAUGGAAACCAUUAGGUUCACAAUGCUUAUAAUCCAGAUCUUAUACUUUUCAUUUCAUCACUUAUCAGCUGUUAUCCCAUUUUACUUAUGUAUAUAUUGUGAAGAAAAAUAACAACAUCGGACGAGAAACGAUAUUGUUUGUAAUUUGAGUUAAUGUGAUAUAUCUGUUUCUCUUUAAUCAGAGGAUCCGUAAACAUAAAUGUCAAAAGAUGUUGCCUCACACUGAGAUCCGUCCUUAUGACCACUUCUAGACAUCAGACCAAGAUGUUCGUGAAACCUACAGAGAUAUAACAACUCGUGUCAUCAGUAUUAUUUAAUGUCAACGUGCUAUAUGACUUUGUUGGUAGAAAAAUGGUAGCAGGUUUAAAAUAGAAAUGAUAAAGGUGGACUAUCAGUUGGUGUUUGCUGGUUUAAUGGUUUCACGUAUUCAGCUCAUGACAGCCAAACACAUGACUCUUUAUGUCUAACAACGACUUUAUUGUCUACGACAAGGAUCACUCUUACACCGGGUCAUCUUUCAUGUGAUGAAGAGGCAAUUAAAAAGCUGCUCAGAAAGGUCGUAACAAGCAAUAAAGACGUUAUUAUCCAUGUAAGUGUCAUGUCGCCAUGUUGUUCCAACUUCUAAAUGCGUGUUAAAUACGCGAUAAAGAGUCUAGGAAAUAGUAGGACCAAACGUUGUUGUGUCGAACCUGAUGUGUCAGACUAAGGCUGUCUCGAAGUAAUAUAUUGGUCCCUACAUAUUCCUUAUUAAUCAUCAUAUAUGCGGUUGUCUCGAACUUCGAAAACUCAUAUCUACGUAGUCCCUUCCAUUUUCGACAAAAUGGUGUUUGACUGUCUAUUAAGUCAUCCAGAAUAUUGAUGUUUCGCUGUAUGCAUUGUCUACACUUGAAAACGACACAAGAAUAAUGUUCAAGGUCACCAGGCCUUUGUGAAAGAUUUCAUUCCUAGCAUAACUCAUAUCUUGCGUUUAAACUUCGACUGUCGUGUGUCCACUUGUUACAAUGCCCUAAUCCCAAGUCAAAUGUCUUCGCUAUCCAACGAUAUGACAACAUACGCCAAUGAAUACCCGAUUGUGCAGCAUGCGACAGUGUUCGUGAUUCUUAUGGAUGAAAAUAUCUGAUACGAUAAGAACAGAUCUAAGGACAUCUCCACAGAUUUACCCUGAACGACUCGUUACCGCCCAUUCCAUUCGUCACCACUCGCCUCUUUCCGUAAACUCCAAGAGGCUUUAGUCCCGGAAUAACACGAGUUGGUCACGAAUGCGCCAAUUCUUGAUUAAAACGUAUGUUUUAUUCAGCCAAUCAGAUGUCAGCUUUCAAAAUGAUUUAGGGUAAUUUCUUCAUCACCUGGAUUCGGAAACGAACGAUUUGAACAGACAAGAACCUACAAAUGACAUAAAGAUGUCUUUGGUGAUUCUCCCCUUUGGAUGUAGGUGACACGGAGCUCUGAGCGAAAUAUAUAUGAUAUGUAAAAUAACCGCAACUGUAUGUACAUUCGCGAAAGGUCGUUUUAGCUCGUUUGCGUGACUUAACGCAUUCGAGCCGAGUAUUUUAGAUCUCGACACUGAUUGGCUGAUCAGAACGUUCGCCAGACGACGCCACCUUCACAGGUGCCCUCUGAGUUUCACGCAUGGAAAUAAUAUGUAAUGUAAUGAGACCUGAAAGUAAUCUGACACGAUUUCACGUAAGUCUAAAAUAUUUUACGUGCGCUUCAAUGUACCUGUGUCGUAGAAACAUCAGCUUAGGACGCUUUUCGUUAAUAUCACAAAGUCACGGUCUCGUAAAAAUUACGUCGUUUACAUUGAAGGCGAACACAUCUGUAAUAACGAAUCUAUUUUGUCAUUAAAUGACCAGUUCUAUUUAUGUGACCUAUGCCUUUGAUGUAUAUAAUUCUCUCAUUAGAAAUAAACAACCAAGUUGUACCAGUAUGUAAAGAACAUGUCACUAUUAAAGUGUAUUAUUAA